AGAAAUCGUUUGCUGUUCAUCAUGGAUGAUAUGGUGGAAAGUCUUUUGGAAAGUGCGUUCGCCGAGAAGCCUCGCAAACGAUCACGAUCAAAGUCUCCAAGGGGUUCACGUUAUGAGAGAAAUAAUUCGCGUCGGAGAUCGCGUGAAAGAAGUCCCAAGGAUCGCAUCCAUGCUCGUGAGCGCGAUGGCAACCGAGAACGGUCUCAUCGUAAUUAUGGAAUAACACCAUCGUCAUCCAAAUAUUCCCCACCCCCUCGUGACGAUAAAAGCCAGAGAAAAGAGAGAAGUACUAGCAGAGAUCGAAUUCGGAAGGAAAAAGACCACGAAAGACGCAGACGCUCAAGAUCGGGAGAACGGAAACAUGGGGCUGCACCUCCUCAGAAAGAUUUACGCUCAAGAUCGGGAGAACGGAAACAUGGGGCUGCACCUCCUCAGAAAGAUUUACCUGCUCGCGUAAAGGCUCUACAUGAUUCAGGAGAGGACCCUGAAUUUGCCGAACUGCUCUCUCAAGAAGACAAAGAUUCACGUACUGUCUUUUGCAUGCAGCUUUCGCCAGACAUCACAGCUCGGGAUCUACGAGAUUUUUUCAGACAUUGUGGACGGAUAGUGGACGUCCGUAUCAUUGGAGAGCGAAGUCGCCACAAGUCGAGGUCUUCGAAAGGUGUCGCAUACAUAGAGUUCGACAACAUCAACGCAGUUCCAAAGGCUGUAAAUCUGAGCGGACGGAAAAUCUUGGGAAUCCCAAUUGUAGUUCAGCAGAGCCAAGCAGAAAAGAAUAGAAUUUACUGUAACACGAGUCAGACUUUUCACGGGGGCUAUACUCACGGACCUACUAAAGUGAUGGUGAGCAAUCUGCACCCCCAGAUUACUCAGGAGAUGCUGGGGAAAGUGUUCAAACCUUACGGCAGUUUGGAUCACGUCGAGCUGAUGAAAGAUGUUUCGGGUGACAGCAAAGAGUACGGAUUCGUUUUUUUCAACGAGAAAGAGUCGAGUGAAAAAGCGAUUAGUCAGCUGAAUGGCUUCACCCUUGUGGGUCGCAAACUGAGGGUGUCCCUGGUGAAUGACCCCAACCUGCUGGGCACGCCCUCUCUGGACAAUGAAGACAUGGACAGAAGAGGCAUAGAACUGGGACCCACUGGCAGAAUAUCGCUCAUGGCCAAAUUAGCUAAAAGCUGUGGCAUGGACAUCCCUGAUUCGGCCAAAAACAUCCUCUCUGGAGCAAGUCACGUGGUAGCCGGUGGAGCUGUGGACCCCGCCCUGGCCAUGCCCACAGUGCCUACCAACAUCAACCUGGCAUUUCUAGCCCCGAGGUCACCUGGACCGGGAGUGAUUCCUUCGCAGUGUCUCGUGUUGAGCAACAUGUUCGGAUCUGACCUAGUGAUGUCACCAGAGGUCAUUGAUGACAUAACGGAGGAAGUUUUGGUGAUUUUGAAGCCAUACGGAGGUGCACUGCAUGUACAUGUGGACAAAGACUCACCUCAAGGAAAUAUUUUCGUCAAGAGUGUUUCCAUAGCUCAAGGAGAAGCAGCAGUGAACGCACUGCACAAGAAAGAAUUUUCAGGGCGUGAGAUAGAUGCCGCUUUCAUUCAGUUCACAAAUUAUCACAGUGUCUUUCCGCAGUCAGCUAAUGUAAGCAAACCUUUGAAGACCAGAAGAUCCAGAAGCAGUUCUCCCGCUACGAAGAAAUCUCCGAAACAUGAACGGUGACAUCAUCCUUCUACUUUGAAAACUUUUCGUUUGCUCUGAUGUUAAUUUUACUCAUGCUUGUUGCAUAAUGAACAAUCUAAAUAACUUGAUGCGUUUUCAUAAAUAUACGU